AUGGAAGCUCAGGAGUGCGGCUGCACGCUAGAUUCAAAUGGGAAGGAGAUUAGGGCCAGUGCUCUUGAGUCAGGUCCGGGCGGGAAACCGGUGGUAGAGAGAUACAAGAUGCGGGUUCUUACACCUGACGUCGGUCGGCCCCUGGGCGAGGUCCGUUCUCUUGACCAAUUUCUGCGCGUAAUGUAUGAUGCAUGCGUCGUACAACGAAAUAUCUAUUGCGAAUCCCGGAUCCUACACCGAGACAUUAGUGACAACAAUGUCAUGAUUGCGCCGGACGACCCCGAAUUCUAUGAGCGAUGCGCAGAGGGAUAUAAUCGUGUCAAAUACAUUAACCAAGUAUUAAGUGGCAACGAUAAAGUUCCACCCAGGCCAGCCUGUCUUGUGAUUGACUUGGGUAACGGGGCGCUUGUAGAGCCUUAUUGUAGAGAUCGGGAAGUACUAGCGGAGAGAAUUGGCACUCCUAAGUUUAUGGCCCGCUCCGUCUCUCGUGGCGAGCCUUUAGCUUUUCGCAAGCAUCGAGGAGAGCUCUCCCAGAUGCCGAAACUCCAAGGGCGGGCUCUUGAAGUGUACCAAUUGGUUCACGGGAUGCAAUACGAAGAGUUCAACCAAUCACUUGACAAAAGUUGUUGUCCAACCAGUGAUCCUGGUAUAAAGUUUACGCACCAACUUUUCCAUGAUGCCGAAUCAACUUUUUGGAUAAUCGCGUGGAACCUUGCUCGCUCCGUUGGACCAAAUUAUCAGCCAGAGAAGGAGUGGACCUCUGAGCUUAGCACUUUCAUAUCGGCGUUGGGCAGCCAUUACCCUUCUCGUGACCUUCCGGACCCCCGAAUCGCGCUCGACCCAUCUCUCAAAUGUUGGUCAAGAAUUCUCCAUUCUGAUCUGGCCAACAUAGCAUCUAUGCUCUCCCAGAUGCAUGAAUAUAUCGAGCCAGAAUGGGCAUACCGGAAUGGACUCAGCGCCGAACAUGCGCACGAAGCAUUAAUGCGCUUGUUGUUAACGGAGAUCAUCCGGAUCGAAGAUCAUCCUGAGAGCGAUCUCCCCCUGUUCAUAGGAGCCCGUUCAUUACCCGUCAAGCUUGUUCACCACUCGUCUUCGCAAAAAUCCAAAACUUCCUCUUUUCUCUCUUACCAUAGCCGUCAGAAAUAUCCUGAAUUUACGGCUGGUUCAGUUGAUGCUAGGGCAUGA